CAAUUCAUCCUGUGAUGAAAAUGAUGUUUAAAAAUGAAAAUUCCCUUAAGAUCAGUUAACUUCACGGACGGGUUCGAAAUUGCAGGUUUUUUUGGGAUUUAAGCCCUAAUUCAGAUCAACAAGUUUCCGAAAAUUUUGAAGUGAAACAGAACGGAAAAAGACAAUUUCAAUCAUUACUUAACUACUUGGCAAUUCAAGAUUGACGAUAUUCCAAUGGGUCGUUGUGAACAAGACAAGAAAAAUGCAGAGGACAAUUCUGAAGUCGGAUCAUACAAUUGUCCAUCAAACCGGGAUCACCGGGAUUCAUCGCGCCGAGCCCAUCACCCAAACGAGAUCUACGUGUCACCGACAGUCAUGAUGGUUAUGCGUCAUUCGGAGCGAGUCGAUGACUGCUGUCCAGGAUGGAUUGAAAAGUGCAACAAAGAGGGAAAAUACGAGCCAUUCGAUCUGAACAUGCCAACACGCCUUCCAAUUCAACGUCCACUCAAGGAUUACACUCGUGACACUUGUAUCACUAGAAGUGGGGCUGUUCUUGCUCAAAUGAUUGGUAGAGGUCUUCUGAUGACUGACAACACACCAGAUGUAAUCUACUGCUCCCCAUCACUUCGUUGCAUUCAAACUGCCACUUGGGUCCGUGAAAUGUCGGGAAGUAAAGCAUUGCUUCGUGUUGAACCUGGACUUUUCGAGAACUUCCAUUAUCCACACGGAGUUCCACGAUUCAUCAGCCAACUUCAACGACACGUGUUCCCAGUGGACAAGACGUUCCGCCCGUUCCUUUCUUUGGAGACAGUCGUUGGAAAACAAGAGACAAAUGACGAGUAUAAUGCAAGGAUCCAAUUGAUUUUGAAUGCAAUUGCGGAUCAAUCGGAAGUUUCAACUGUCGAGAAAGAACUGAAAGUUCUCGUGGUGGCUCACGCUUCUACAGUUGAUAUGGCUGUUGGAUUGCUCAGAGAAGUGCCGAGAAAAAUUAGAGAAGAGGAAUUGGAUAAUAUUGCAAUUCCUGUCCCAUACUGCUCUCUCGCAUAUCUCAAAAAGAAAUGCAACUACUGGGUUCCAGCGGCUCAUCAAGUUCCAUCGGUGACCUACGAGUUCUUAACUACCAAGUACAAUCACUACUUUGUCCAUAGAACUUGAAUACUUAUAAUAAAGACUUUGGCAUAC